AUGUCUCAAUCACACAACUCGAGAGCCUAUCUGUCCGUGCUCGGGGCCUCACUGGCAUUCUUUUGCACUACAGGCUAUCUUAAUGCUUGGGGACUUUUCCAAGAUCAUUACAAAGCGAACCAGUUGCAUGACCAUUCAGAGUCUGAGAUUGCUUGGAUCGGAUCUGUUGCAAUCUUCCUUCUCUAUGCCUUGGCCCCCGUCGCGGGGAUUCUCGUCGAUAGAGUUGGUCCUACGAAACUCCUUUGCCUGGGUUCCUCAGGCUACCUUCUCGCGAUAUUCAUGACGUCUCUCUGCUCUCAGUACUAUCAGUUCUUCCUAGCGCAGUCAUUGUUGCUAGGAUUAAGCAUGCCAUUCAUUUCAUGGCCUCCGGUAGGAGUUGUUUCGAGGCACUUGCCGCAUCGUCGAGGUCUCGCGCUAGGUCUGGUCAUUGGCGGCUCAUCGCUCGGCGGCAUCAUAUGGCCUAUCACCCUUGACAAGCUGCUCAACUAUCAUCACGUUAGUUUCGGGUGGACCAUGCGAACUUUUGGCUUCAUCACACUGCCAUGUCUACUUAUCGCCUGCUUCACUGUACGCGAAGCACCCCGCGUAGCCACGACUCCCGCUCCAGCUCCAGCUUCAUCAGAUGCCGACGAAACCACAAACCCUGUUACAGACACCCCAGCUAUUGAGGCCUCAGAGAAGCCCUCAGAUCAGCCUGCCUCUGGAGUGCUUGCAAUGCUGAAGAGCAAGACAUUUAUCUACCUUGCCAUUGGGCUAGCAAUUGGGUAUCUAGGCAUGUUUGCGCCUUUUUUCUAUGUGUCAUCCUACGCGAGCCAGCUCGGACAGCCCAGCGAUGUCUCCUUUUCCAUGAUCUCGGCCAUCAAUGCUGCCUCCUUCGUCGGUAGGGUUGUUCCGGGACAUAUUGCCGACACAUAUGGCCACUACAACAUCCUCAUCCUGGCGCUUUUCACCUCUGGUGUCGUUGGCUUCUGCUGGACGGCAAUCGUCAACCUGGCUGGACUAGUCAUCUGGUCACUUGCCUAUGGAUUCACGUCUGGGGCUGUUAUGAGCCUCCAGGGUGCGAGUGUGGGAAAGAUUGCUACCCAUGAGAGCCAGGGCACUGCAAUGGGUUUGCUAAUGGGUUCGAUGGCCAUCACUUCUCUUGUCGGUUCUCCCAUCGGCGGGCAGCUUGUGGGAACCUACGGUUACUUGGCAUUAUCCAUGUUCACAGGCGCGACUUUGGUGGUUGGCGCCAUAUUCACAACCUUGGCCAGAGUCUCUCGCAAGUCUCAUCCGGCCCCCGGUCGCGACUAUUUGGACCGGUGGCGUCGUAUGAGAAGUGCCGCGGCAUAUUACAAUUGA